AUGUAUGUUGAUGAUAUGUUGAUUAAUAGUGAAAGCCUGAAACUGAUAAAAGAGACUAAAACAGACCUACAACAAGCCUUCAAAAUGAAAGAUCUCAGAGAAUUGAGAUACUUUCUGGGCAUUGAGUUUGCAAGGUCUGAAAAAGGGAUCCUAAUGUAUCAAAGGAAAUAUGCUCUACAACUUUUGUCUGAUCUUGGAUUAGCAGCAGCCAAACCUACAACAACUCCUAUUGAUUAUAAUGCAAAGAUGAAUACUGUGGAAUUUGAUGAGCAUGUUAAAGGAAAAUCAGAGAAUGACCCUCUUGCUGAUCAAAGAGCUUAUCAGAAACUGAUUGGGAAGUUAUUGUACUUAACUAUGACUAGACCAGACAUAUCUUUCAGUGUUCAGACACUAAGUCAGUUCCUUCAACACCCCAAAAAAUCUCAUAUGAAAGCAGCUAUAAGGGUGGUAAGGUAUAUCAAGAAUCAACCAGGUCAAGGAAUGCUUCUAUCCAGCAGUACAAAUAGUCAGGUAAGUGCCUAUUGUGAUGCAGACUGGGCAUCUUAUCCUCAGACUAGAAGGUCAAUCACUGGGUAUCUUGUGAAUAUUGGUGACUCUGUGGUGUCUUGGAAAUAA